AUGCGGGUGCACCUGGGCGCGGUGGCCGGCGCGGCGGCGCUGACCGGGGCGCUCAGCUUCGUGCUCCUGGCGGCCGCCAUCGGCACGGACUUCUGGUACAUCAUUGACACAGAGAGGCUGGAGCGGAGCGGCCCGGGGGCGCAGGACCCGGCGGGGGGCGCCAACCGCAGCCAGCUCGAACCUCUGAGCUCGCACUCCGGCCUCUGGCGGACCUGCCGGGUCCAGAGCCCGUGCGCGCCGCUGAUGAACCCCUUCUGGCAGGAGAACGUGACGGUCAGCGACUCGAGUCGACAACUUCUCACCAUGCACGGGACCUUUGUGAUUCUGCUGCCACUUAGCCUGAUCCUGAUGGUUUUUGGGGGGAUGACGGGGUUUCUGAGCUUCCUCCUGCGAGCCUCCCUCCUCCUCCUGCUCACUGGGACCCUCUUUCUCUUUGGAGCCUUGGUGACCCUCGCCGGCAUCAGCGUCUAUAUCGCGUACUCGGCUGCUGCCUUCCGGGAGGCGCUGUGUCUGCUGGAGGAGAAGGCCCUCUUGGACCAGGUGGACAUUCGCUUUGGCUGGUCCCUGGCCCUGGGCUGGAUCAGCUUCAUCGCUGAGCUGCUCACCGGGGUGGCCUUCCUGGCAGCAGCCCGUGUGCUCCGCCUAAGGCAGAGGCAGGACCAGGCCAUCUGAGCCCGGAAGCCUGGUCACAGUGUGUGCUGUGUCCAUGUGGAAUGGAGGAGGCCUAGAGUGCGGCGCUCCAGAAGGAACCAAAUCGCUCCCUUAAUCAUGUGCAGACCUUACAGAAUGCCACCUCCGUGCAUUUCAUUUCACCCUCACCCCAGCCCUUUGGAUGCGUUCCUCUUCUUUGUUAAGGAAACAGAAGACCAGAGAGGUUAGGCAAGUGGGGCAGAGACACACAACGAGCUAGCGGCAGAGUUUUCGCCCCGAAAACCAGCGCUCUCUCCUUUAUCACAGCUUUUCCGUGCAGGCUCCUGGCCGGGCUGGCUGCAGCGUGGUUCCUGUGUGGAGGGUGCUGCACCAAAGACCCUGGGCUUCUUGCUUCCUGUGACCCGGGACCAUGCAGGAGGCCCCGGGGGACACCUGAGGGAGGACGCAGAGAUCCGGGCUCCUCAGCAACCAGGCGUGGGGCAUGGGAUGGUCGUGUCACCAGCCCUGGGGCAGUAAAGGUUUUGCUGCAAUGACUUUCUGUGGCCAGACUAGCUUGUGAAACCUGCUAGUCGUCCCAGAGUUGCAAGCCCAGAGUCAUCCCUGAGUUGAAAGACCCUGCUGGACAGUCUGAUGGUCCGUGGCCCCGUUCGUUCGUGUGUCACUUCACCGAUGCCAGGAGGCGGGGGCAGGCCAGCAAGCGGACAGUUGGCAGAGAGGGUGAUGCUGAGGGCUCACCAGCAAGCUCGCCGUGGGGAGAGAGGAUUAUCAGCACUCACAGCUCGUGGGGAAGAAAAAUCCUCAAAACACCACCAACGACUCUGGCUCUGCAUGUAGCCCUCAUUCCAAACACUAAGCGAGAGCUCAAGACACCCAAGCCUGGGAUAGAAAGGAUUUCCAUCGAAGUGUUGAUGGGAUUCAGUUUCCAGGGGGUAAAGUCCAAGACUGGUGAGAUCCAGACACCUCCAGUGUCACCCGCUAAGCCCUCCCGCACCCCCUGAGCAAGGCCACUGGGAUCAGUGGAUCUCAGCCCUGACUGCCCCCUGCAGUCACCCAGGGAAUGAAAAGAAUGAGGGUGCUGCCCCAGGCCACGAAGGAAAUCACAGUCUCUAAGGGUGGGGUCCCAGCAUCACCAGCUUUGCAAAGCGCGCCGUUUUCCCUGGGAUGGCCUGGGCUGGGCUGUCACAGACGUCUGCGUGUGACUUUAUCUCUGCAGGGAGGGCUCCCUGGGGUGCCAGUCUCAGGUUCUGUUGGAAACAAACCUUAAGAAAUGCCUGGUGUUUGGUUCAUACCAGCACCUCUCAAAUUUAUGGGAAUCUUAGGAAAAUGCAGCCUCUAGGCUGGGGGUAGGACCUGCGACUGUGCGAGGAUUGGUAAAGUGUAAACACACACACACACACACACACACACACACACACACACACACACACAGAGUCUCCUGCAAAGCAGCAGGGGUUUUUAAGUUGCUUCUACGCCAGCACCAGAGGUCUGUACUCAGUAGUCAGGGUCUGGGUCCUGGUGACGUUACAGCAACUCCGUGACAUCCUGACACCCCAUAAGGGUUGUGCGGCUGCAGGAAGAUGUUUUCUGGGUGUGGCCUUAGUGGGUCUGGGUGGGGCUGCGGCCCCUCCUUGGCCCUGUUGGCACUGAGCCCUUGUCAGAGAAGAGGUGGCUCCUUUUGAGUGAAACUAACUCUAUUUUAUUUUUUUGGCCACACCCAUAGCAUGUGGAAGUUCCCAGGCCAGGGAUCGAACCCGCUCUACAGAAUGACAACACCUGAUCCUUAACCUGCUGAACCACCAGGGAACUCCAAAAUAACUCCAGUUUUCCCACAGGCUUUGUAUGGUGUGGGGUGGAAGUUAGGUCUGCAGUAUGAAGUUGACCGUUUCCCUUGGAGUUGGUCAAUGGAUACAGCGAUUUCUGGGACUAAUCGCAUCCCUUCUUCGCUCUCCUGGAAAAUCUCAUCCCUUUUUUAUCCUGGUCUUCUGGCCCAUGGGAAUGGGGUCCCCAAGUGGCUGCAUGUCCCAACCCCCUGGGGAGGAGCAGCUCACACUUCAGCAGGCUGGGUGUCCAGAGCCACCUGAGGGGUCCCUGAGUCAGGGGCCCGGGUGGGGCCCCAGAGUUCACAUUUCUAAGCAGUUAGGUGAUACAGAUGCUCCUGGUCUGGGACACACUUUGUAUCGUGCUGACCUGGGGGGCUGUUAAAUGUCAGGGCUGGCUGUCAGCUUGACUCUAAUGAGUCACCAGGGCAUCUUAAACCCCUGGUGCCAGGGCUGAAUCCCUGCUCUGAAAGUAUCUAGAGGGAGUCCAGGCAGGGAUAAUUUUUCAUUUUUUGGCCAUGCCCCUGGAUAUGGGAGUUCCUGGGCCAGAGACUGAACCCAUGCCACAGCAGUGACAAUGCCAGAUCCUUAACCUGCUGAGCCACAAGGGAACUUCCCAGGCAGCAAUAUCUUUAAGACCUCUUCAGCCGAUUUGCUUGAUAACCUGUUCCUGUAAGAUUCUGAGUCAUGAGAUAUGGGGAGAGCCUGGGGAAGGUCAAGUUUAAGAAGGGCUGAUAGUUCAAGGAGUUUGGGGACCACUGGUAUGGACCAUGAGAUGAGGACACCAUUAUCAGUUACAUGAUGUUAUCACCCUAUCAUGGCAUCAUCACCCUCUCCAUGACAUCACUGCUUUCACAGUGACAUCAUCCUCUUGACCAUGAUGUCACCACUUCCACCAUGAUGUCACCACCAUCACUAUGACGUCUUCCUCCUCACCAUCACCAUGAUGUCACCCUCAGCAUGGCCCGAUCCUCAUUACAGCUGACACACAUUGAGCAGUCCCAUACUAUGCACCUGAAUUGUUCUACACGUCCGUCCGUCAGUCAGUCAUUCAACAAACCCCCAAUAGAAGGCCAUCUCAUGCUAGGGACGAGGGGCCAUGACCCCACCAGGGCAAGCCCUUGCUCUCUGAGCUGCCAUACAGUUGCUAGAGACAGAGGCAAGUGAAACAUAUGAUUGUUGGUGAUGAUUAAGGAGAUGAGAGGCGGGGUACAAGUCGGGGAACUGAGGCACAGACAGGUUAAGGAGAGGGAGAGGUGCCACCGGAUUGAAAUUCAGAUCUGCCUGAUUCCAGGAUGAAUUUCUUUUCACUUCUGCCGACCCUAUCAGUGCCUGGGUUCAGGACAUUGCUGCAGUUUCCCUUUCUGUCUAGUUCGAAAAGUGCAAACUGAGUGGAUUGGUCAUAAGGCCCCGUGGCAGUAAAUGGGCGUGGUUGCAAAAUCGGGUUCGAAGCUGGGGAAAGAAAUGAGAAAGUUUUCGCAAAGUGAAAAUAACCGAUGCCAGCGAGAGAGCGGUCUUUGCUGCCACCUGCUGGUCACUUGGCGGAACUGCACCAAAGGCAGGCCUGGCGAUUCAAAUCGCUUUGAGUGCUCCCUAACGGGUGUAAACACUGAAGGGCAGGGGUUCUCAUAUGGGGAGAGUCGCCCCUCCCUCUCCACCUGGGACGUUCAGGGCUAUCUGGAGACAUUUUUGGUUGUCAUUACCGGGAUGAGGGCUACUGGCAUCUAGUGGGCGGAGGCCGGUCUGCUGUUCAACUUCCACAAACGCACAGGACACUCCCGGUCACAAAAGGAUUAUCUAGCCCUCACAUCAGUAGUGCCGAGAGUGAGCGCCCUGCUAGGGGAACGGAGUGGAAUAACAACGGGACAAAGCACAUGUGUACUUGAGGAACUGACAGCAUCGUCGAAAAGAACCUCAUUCAUUCAAUAAACAUUUGCCAAACGCCUGCUAUGUGUCAAGAACUGUUCUGGGGUCCGAAGACCCAUUAGUUGGGAUGGAGGACAAGCCCCCUGCUGUUACAAGGAAACAGACAGUACACGCACGAACCAAUGGUGCAUAUGAGAAAACGUGUAGUGAGGAAAACAGGGUCAUGAGAUAGAGGCUGGCGGGGAGGUGUUACUUUUGGAAGGGUAGUCAGGGAGGGCCUCUUGGAGGCGGCGGCAUUGUUCUGAGACUCCAAAGAGGAACCUGCAGAUCAGGCAGGUGACAGCAAGUGCAAAGGCCCUGAGGUGGGAACAAGCUUAUGUGUUUGAAGGAAAGAAGGAAGGACCAUGGAGGAGAGUGGUAGGAGGUGAAGUUACAGAGGUGAGGAGGAGGCAGAGGAGGUGGGCUGGGUGGUGCCCAUGGGCCAUGGUAAGGGGGUGCUGGUGAUUAAGCUGGUUUGGGAUUCCAUUCACGAUUCAUUUCAAUCCUUUUCCAUUCCAUUUCAUCCCAUCCCAUCCCAUUCCUAUUUUUGGAGCAAAGGGACACCUCCAGAGGUGCUGCAGAUGUGC